AUGUCCCCGUAUCAAUUGGUGUAUGAUAAAGCUUGUCACCUGCCAUUAGAGCUUGAACACAAGGCUUUCUGGACUCUCAAGUUGUUGAAUUUUGAUGGCAAAACUGCUGGUGAAAGGAGGCUCCUGCAACUGCAAGAAUUAGAAGAAUUCAGAUUCCAAGCCUAUGAAAAUACCAAGGUGUACAAGGAAAAGGCAAAGGAAAAACAUGACCUCAAGAUUGCACCAAGAAGCUUUGAGGAAGGACAGAAAGUGUUACUCUACAACUCCCGCCUGAAACUUUUCCCUGGGAAAUUGAGAUCAAGGUGGUCAGGCCCUUUUCUUGUCACCAAGGUUUCUCCUGAUGGACAUAUAAAAAUUAUGGAAGAAAAGUUACAGGAGACCUUCAUUGUUAAUGGACAAAGACUCAAGCACUAUUUAGGUGAUAUGAAGGAAAGGCCUAAGACAAAAUACAGACUAGACUGA